AGACACUUUGGCAUAGAGCAGCCUCGUGUGCUCAGCGCUGUUCAUUUUACACUUGUUUCUUAAUUUGACGUCAUGGGUCGGAAAGUUACACUGGCGACUUGUUCCCUGAAUCAGUGGGCUUUAGAUUUUGACGGCAAUGUACUAAGAAUACUGAAAAGUAUUGAAAUAGCCAAAUCGAAAGGGGCUAAGUACAGACUGGGACCAGAGCUGGAAAUCUGUGGAUAUGGAUGUGCUGAUCAUUUCUAUGAAUCGGACACUCUACUCCACUGCUUCCAAGUCCUCAAGGAUCUGCUGGAGUCCCCCGUGACCCAGAACAUUAUCUGUGAUGUUGGCAUGCCUAUUAUGCAUCACAGUGUUCGCUACAACUGCAGGGUCCUUUUCCUGAACAAGAAGAUAUUACUGAUCCGGCCUAAAAUGCUUUUGGCAAAUCAUGGCAAUAACAGGGAAUUUCGUUGGUAUUCACCUUGGAGUCAGCCCAGACAUGUAGAGGAGUACUUUUUGCCCAGAAUGAUCCAGGAUGUGACCGGACAAGUGACGGUGCCAUUUGGAGAUGCAGUUCUCUCCACAAAGGACACCUGUAUAGGGAGUGAGAUCUGUGCUGAGCUGUGGAAUCCCAGGAGUCCUCAUGUUGACAUGGGUUUAGAUGGCGUGGAGAUCUUCACAAACUCCUCUGCCAGCUAUCAUGAGCUACGCAAGGCUGACCAGAGGGUCAACCUGGUGAAAUCAGCCACCACAAAGAGUGGGGGGAUUUAUCUCUUUGCUAAUCAGAAAGGAUGUGAUGGGGACCGUCUGUACUAUGAUGGGUGUUCUAUGAUCGCCAUCAAUGGAGACAUUGUGGCUCAUGGGGCACAGUUCUCUCUAGAUGACGUGGAGGUUGUCACAGCCACUCUAGACCUUGAGGAUGUGCGCAGCUAUCGAGGAGAGAGAUGUCACCCACAUAUGGAGUAUGAACACAAACCAUAUCAAAGGAUAAAAGUUGAUUUUUCCCUGUCAGACUGCAAAGACAUCUACUUGCCCACCCACCAGCCUGUGGACUGGGGCUUUCACUGUCCUGAGGAGGAGAUCAGUCUUGGACCUGCAUGCUGGUUAUGGGACUAUUUAAGGAGGAGUGGUCAGGCUGGCUUCCUCCUCCCUCUGAGUGGUGGUGUAGACAGCGCUUCCUCUGCCUGUAUCGUCUACUCAAUGUGUGAGCUGCUCUGCAAGGCAGUCCACGACGGCAACGCCCAGGUGUUGGAGGAUGUCCAGCGGGUGGUGUCCGAUGGCUCCUACAGGCCAGAGGACCCACGGGAGCUGUGCGGGCGGCUCUUCACCACUUGCUACAUGGCUAGUGAGAACUCUUCCACGGGCACCCGUGACCGAGCCAGAGCUCUGGCCACCCAGAUUGGCAGCAAUCAUCUUAAUAUAAACAUUGACAUGGCAGUGAAAGGCAUGCUGGGAAUCUUUUCCAUAGUGAUGGGGAAGUGGCCAAAAUUCCGGGCGAACGGAGGUUGCCGCAGGGAAAACCUAGCCCUGCAGAAUGUGCAGGCUCGUGUCCGGAUGGUUCUGGCAUAUCUUUUUGCCCAGCUCUCUCUGUGGGCUCAAGGGAAGCCCGGUGGUUUGUUGGUGCUUGGCUCGGCCAACGUGGACGAGAGUUUAACUGGCUACUUCACAAAGUAUGACUGCUCCAGUGCUGACAUCAACCCCAUUGGAGGGAUUGGUAAAAUGGACCUGAAGCGCUUCCUUCAGUACUGCAUCGAGCACUUUCAGCUCACUGCUCUUACAAGCAUUGUUGCUGCUCCACCCACCGCUGAACUCGAGCCCCUGAUUGAUGGCCAAGUGUCUCAGACAGAUGAGGCUGAUAUGGGGAUGACCUAUUCAGAGCUGUCAGUGAUCGGCAAGCUCAGGAAGAUCGCCAAGUGUGGCCCAUACAGCUUGUUCUGCAAGCUCAUUCAUUCAUGGAGAGAGACCUACUCUCCCUUACAGGUGGCUGCCAAAGUGAAGCGUUUCUUCCGGAUGUACUCAGUCAACAGGCACAAGAUGACCACAGUGACGCCAUCCUACCAUGCUGAGAGCUACGGGCCAGACGACAACCGCUUUGACCUUCGUCCCUUUCUCUACAACACAAAAUGGUCUUUGCAGUUCCGCUGCAUUGACCAGGAGGUUUCCAUGAUGGAAGGUGGAGAUUCUGAAUAUAUUAAAUAACCUUAUCUAGGGUAUUAGGGGUAUCUAAGAUAAGAUCUCUAUUCUGGCCAUUAUUGAUUUCCCUUGUCAACUGAGUCUCCCUGUGGCCACUCAAAAGUAACUUGCUAGACUCUAUUACGUAGUAGCUGUUAGAUUACUGUAUCUUUACAUUACAUUUUACUCAUAUUUUGUACUGUUGCCUCCAGACAGUGGAUAUUUGGUUAUUAUCUGUUAAAAAUUAAAAAUAAAAUGCCCCAAGUGCCUGGA